AUGAGAAAGUGUCUUGGCCUGACAGGUUUCUUUCUCAUCGCCUUGGCCGCUGUUCAGUUCGUCGCCUCGGCCGACUCCCGUACUCCCAGACGUGAGUUUUCCCAUUCGAAAUUUAUCCGACAAAUCAAUCGAUUUCGCAAUGACCUCUAACUGUUUGCUGAGUCAUCAAAUCAAUAAAAAGCUAUCGAAGUUUGAAAGUAAGAAUGACAAUUUCAGAAUGCAACACCACUGAUUCGUUCUCCUGCAAAGAUGGAAAAUGCAUUCCAAAAUCGUGGCGGUGUGAUGGAGACAUUGACUGCAAAGAUGAAGACGACGAACAGGACUGUCCGAGUAAGCGUUUUAUUAGAACAUUUCAUCUGAAAAGAAAUCUUUCAGAAAGUUGUGGCGCCGAAGAGCACAAAUGCGGUGAAGUGACUUCCGUUCGAUCUGCUCUGGAAAGAUUCAAGUGCAUUCCAAAGAACUGGGUGUGCGACGGAGAGUUCGACUGCGAAGAUAAAUCUGAUGAGUAUCAGUGCAAAAGUACGCCUUUUGAAGUGUUCUUAUCCUAAAAAGAAUCCUCCAACUUCAGAUGUUCAAUGCCAAGAGAAUCAGUUCCAGUGCGAGGAGCUUUCCGGUGACUACAGCCUUUGCAUUCCCGACACGUGGGUUUGUGACGGCCAAAGAGACUGCACGAACGGAAAGGACGAAGAAAACUGCGAAAAGGCGAAGCAAAAGUGUCCGGAAUUAAACUUCCAGUAUGUCGUUGUCCAAUAUAAUCUCGCGAUUCAAUCUCUCCCGAUGACCUUAUUACAUUUCCAUUUUUUCAGGUGCGCAAACGGAUAUUGCAUCUUCAAGAGCUGGGUUUGUGAUGGCGAAGAGGAUUGUGCCGACGGCUCCGAUGAGCUGAUGACUGGACCCUCGAACUGCAAUACUACUGCAAGACCUUGCGCGAACAACAUGCACAAGGUACGUUCAUUGUGUUUAUCCCGGCAUUUGAAAUUGUUUAUGCGCAGACCACCCCCUCUCAUAUUUAUUUGUUUGCGUUUGGUUACUUUGUUUAGAAGAGGACAAAGUAUCGAGUGUGCUAAGUAGUUAGCUAUUUGCGAACCGAAUGAUAAUGUGCAGGCGGUGUAGGCGCGCUCUUUCUUCCUGAUAUCACUGUCUGAUUUCCCCCGCACCGCUUGUCACAAAAACGGACAGUGGUCACCGCAUUGAUUGAAACUUGAAUACAAAUGAUAACGGGAAUUAUUUCAGUGCGGCUCCGGCGAGUGCAUUCCGAAACGAUGGAAAUGUGACGGAGAGGUGGAUUGCAAGGAUCAUUCGGACGAGAGAAGCUGCCCGAAGAAGGAGCACACGUGCAAACUCAGUGGGGUAUGUGAGAACAGCUGCCCGGCACGCUCAUUAUGCGAUUAGUGUGAUCCGAUGCUAAACGGUUCAUUUAAUUGGCGUUACGUGUACCAGAAUAUUCUAGGACAAAUGACGUAUCGGAGAGACUAUCUUUACAGGAAUUUGCUUGCAAGACCUCUGAUAAGUGCGUCAACAAGGCGUUCGUCUGUGACGGACAAGAUGACUGCCCUGACGGUUCCGAUGAGGAAGAUUGCCACGACGUCAGAUCAGAAUGCAACGAAGGAGAACGCUCUUGUCCAGCCACGUACGCGGCAUACGGAGCCGAAACAGGACACCUCACAUGCCUUCCGUUGGCCGCUUGGUGCGACGGAGUGGAGGACUGUCCGGACGGCGGAGACGAGAAACACUGCAAUAUUUCCACUCCUGGUUAGUUAAGAGGACUUAUGAAUCUAGAUGACGAGGAAGGGGAUUUGGAAACUAAUAAAAAGGACGCGAGAUUAUGGAAGUUCUAGUUUCAGUCACUUGCAACAAGGGAAUCGACUAUGAAUGUCCGUCGACUCCUCUUCAAUGCUUCCCGAUGACCAAAUUGUGCUCGAGCGCCAAGUUCGACUGUGGAGACGGAAAUCUCGCUGUUUGUGGUCAGAAGAACAUAAUUGGUAAUGAAACACAUGAUCCUUUCACGUUCUAAAUGUUCGUUUCAGAGAUGUGCAAAUCGGGUUCAGAAGGAUGCGUUUGCCGACCGUCAUACAUCCGCGGCAACACUGUUUGUCAUUGCAAAGACGGAUACAAACUCGACAACGGACAGUGCGUUGGUGAGUAACUGCGAGAGAGGGAGAGAAUGGUUUAGCGGGGAUACAAACAAUGCAAAAGAGAGAAAGGAAGCAAAAAAGAAGUGGUAUUGGACUGUGAUUGUUCAAACGAGCAGCUGAGCAAGCUAAUAUAUCGGGGAGCAGGAAGUGAUGUGCGAGUACGAAUUGUUCCGUUUCUUUCAGAUGUGAACGAGUGCGAGACGGCCGGAGUCUGCGAUCAAAUCUGCCUGAACACGCCUGGAUCUUACCGUUGUGCUUGCCAUGCUGGAUACAAACUGAGCUUCGGAGACGAUAAGGCCGGAUCGGGAAGAGUUGCGAACAGAUGUCGUGCCAUGGGCGGAGAUCCUCUCAUUCUCCUCACCAACAGAGCCUCCAUCCGCCAGUUCGAUCUCGUUAACAAAAUGUUUUUCCCAGUCUCCACGUCCCCAGGAACAGCUGUUGCCAUGGACAUCCACAUCAGCAAUGGAGUAAGCAUUUCACUUUUCAGACAUGUCAAAGCAACCAACUGAUUUCAGACUCUCAUUUGGUCCGAUGCUCACAAUCAAACGAUUCGUCGCUGCUCGAUUGGAACUGUCAAAGGAGCCCUUUUGGGAACCGACAAUUGCGACAAGAACCACGAAAUUCUCCUGGACAACAGUACGGUCGUCACUCCAGACGGACUUGCUGUCGAUUGGGUGCACGACUUGCUGUUCUGGACGGACGGUGGCUCCGACACGAUCAACGUGUACGAGUUGAAGACGGGCAAGAAGCGCGUUCUCUAUUCUUCUGACCUGGAAGAGCCUAGAGCUAUCGCCGUUGAUCCGGAGGUCGGACUUAUUUUCUGGACCGAUUGGGGAAAGACCGCUCGCAUUGAGAGAUCUGGAAUGGACGGACAGCACCGUGUUGUGCUUGUUGAGGGAGAUCGCGUAAAAUGGCCGAACGCACUGACUCUGGACUAUGUGGAGAAGCGUGUUUACUGGGCCGACGCCAAAGUCAAGUCGAUCUUCAGCUGCGACUACUGGGGAAAGAAUAUCAAGACUGUUCUACACUCUCAUCAGUAUCUCAGCCAUCCAUUCUCCAUGGCUGUCUUCGAGAACCGAAUCUUCUACACUGAUUGGGCGCAUGAUGGUGUCAUCACUGUCAACAAGUUCACCGGAGAAGAUGUGCAAGUUCUGAUGGACAAAGUCGUGUCGCCGAUGACCGUCCGUAUUUACCACAAACAGGCUCAGCCGAGCAUGUCGAACAAAUGCUCCGAUUCGGAUUGCGACCAUAUCUGUCUUCCACGAGCCGUCUACAGAGAAACGAACCGUCUCCAGGAGAAGACGUGGCACGACAGACCGUUCUCGUGCGCUUGCGAAGGAACCACUGCUUCGGCCGCUCUGGAAUGCAUUGGUGAGACUAUUGAACUCGCAUUUCUUUUGUUAACCUCUAUUCAGUUUCAGCUGAGUUGGAAACAUCUUCUGGCUUCUCGAUGUUCACCAUCUUCCUGCUGCUGUGUGUCGGAGGUUUCAUCGCCGCUGGAUUCGUUAUUGUUCGUCGCAAGCUGGGUCCCCGUUCGUUCACCGCCCUCAACUUCGACAACCCGAUCUACCGCCGUACGACUGAGGAGGGAGACCAUCAGAUGGAGGAUCCGUUCCGUGAUCCGUUCGCUGAGCCGCCAAACAGAGACCGUAAUAACGGCCUUCCGACACUCGCUUCGGCUGACAACGAUCCGAGAGAAAAUGUGCUCAGCUUCUAA